GAGCCGUUUGUAAGGAGCCAUAGCGGAGGCCGCUCGCCGACUUCCUCCGCCGGCCGCCCGCCCGGCUGGGGCCCGAGGCUGAGGAGGCCGCCCAGGUAAAAGGCGACGCGGCGGGGGCCUCGGCGGGAAGGGGAAGGGUCCUGCUGGGCGCCCGCUGCGGAGGGAGCGGCAGGAAGUGACGUUGGGCGGGCUGGAGGGAGACUCUCUGGCCUAGGCCUCACCUCUCCCGCCCCGCCCGCGGUUGCCAUGCGACCGAGGAGGGGGCGCGGCCGCUGCCGGCCCGUGACGUCAUCGCCGCGCGUCGCGCAGCUGCUGCCGGUGACGCCAUGCGGAAGGUGUCAAGCGCGGGGUCGGAGGAUGGCCGCUUCUCGGGCCGGCCGAGCUGCACGUCCAAGCGGGCAGGAGGGAUGCCCCGCCGUGGGGCCGCCUCUCUGCUUCUCAAAACGCAGCCUGGCUUCUGAGAAGGCAGGGUGCCUCUGAACAUGUGCAGAGUGCUUUCUCCUGCCUCCCUGAAGAAGCUGGCACGGGCCACGUGCCCCUGAGCCUUCCCUUUGUGAAGGGAACGAAUGCUUCCUCGCCUCCCUCCCUGCCCGCUCUCUGUCCAAGUGAGUGUCAUUCGCCCCUGGAAGCUGCUGCUGCCACCGCCUGCUGGGGGGCUGCACACGGCGGCGAGAGGGCACGAAGCCGCUGCCCUGAUUUGCCAGGCUGGCUCUGCUCUGCUGCUGCUGCCGCCGCCCUGGAAGGCAACAAUGCGUACCCGUUGCUGGAGACCACAGGAGGGGAGAGGGCUGCUCUUGGGCUCGGAUCCUGCUCACCGCAGAUUCCCACAAGCAUCUGGCUGGCCACUGUGAGAGCAGGAUGCUGAACUGGAUGGGCCAUUAGCCUGAUGAUAAUAACAACCAUGAUGAUGAUUUUAUUGUUUGUACCCUGCCCAUCUGACUGGGCUGCGCCAGCCACUCUGGGCGGCUUCCAGCGGACUCUUCUUAUGUUCUUAAAAAUGCCUGAAUCACUGCUUUCUGGUUUGCUGCUUGUUUCAGGAGUACUACUUGCAAAGGAACACUAUGUGAUGACUUACUGGGUGGCUAAAGAGGUGGAAACCUUUGCAAGUUUCACAACAAAAUAUGUGAAUUGGUUUGAACCUGUGCAAAUAAUACAUUGGAGACUGUUAGGUAGUGGUUAGAGCACCAUUCCGCAAGCUGGUGUCUUAGAGAUCGUUUGCACUGCAACUUCCAUUCGCCCCAAAAUCAUAUGGCCAAGCUUCCACUGCUGGGAGUUGUAGUCCAAAACAUCUGGUGGUGACCAGGUUAGGACAUCAGCCCGGGUGACUUUCGCCAGUUAUUCCCUCUCAAUGUAGCCCACUUCAUAAGAUUGUUCUGAGAAUAAAAUAGGUAAGAGGAGAACUGUGUGUGCUGCUCUCUGGUGCCUGGAGGAAGAGUGAGCAAAAGAUUAAAAAAAAUAAAACUGCCACUCUCCUAGCUCUGAACUCUCUCAUUUUAAUGAUCACUUGGCUGGCAGGCGACCAGACAACUUGAUGGACUGUGGAAUGGUUCAUGAACUAGGAGGACGUCUUGGAACCAUGGACUGGGGGGAGGAAAAAUGAAUAUUUAUGAGUUCUGGCAGAUGCUGGGGCAGGGCAGAGCAAUCCUAAUUGGGGUUGAGGGGAUUGAGACAGCAAAUUACAGCCACAUUCUAAGCCCUCCUACUGGCUCAUAUCAGGUAGGGUGGGCAUUUUGCAGUUUUUCAGUGCUGUAGCUCAAGAUUGGUGUGGCUUAGGGAUCGAGAAUUAGGGGCUUUCGAUCCAGCCCUCUGUGCUGACUAGGAUCUUGGAGAUUCCCACUCUCUCAGGAAGCUCACUUGGCACGACCUAGGACCAGUCAUUGCCUCUCAGUCUAACCUACCUCUCAGGGUUGUUGUGGGAAUUAAUGAGGAGAGGGGAAACCAUAUACGCCACCUUGAGCUCCUUAGAAAAAAAGGUGAGAUAUAAAGAAAAUAAUUAAAUCAUUGCCUCCCCCUUGAAUUCACCUUUGUGUACUAAUUAUUGAAGGGUUUUGUUUAUUUUCAUAAUUCUGCAUUUGUUUAUAGUUUGAGAUGUGUUGUGAAUAAUCUGAAAUGCAGGGCAUCCCUUAGAGCCAAAAGUAGGCUGGAAACUAUUAUGCAUCUGGGUUGUGGGGGGUGAUGCUUCUAAGUGGGAAAAGGGCCUGCCUGGCUGUCCAUUGGACCUUGACUUUGGCAGAAUCUGAUCAGUCCUUUCCUUCUCCACUAUUGACAGAGAUCGGGAGAGAGAGAGCAGUCCUCAAAUCAAUAUUUGCCUUCCAGCAGCAGCAGCAGCAGUGAUUCCCAAUAUGUGUGACUUCCCAGGAUUCCUCUGACUCAAUCUGAGAAUGUAAGGGCUAGUGGCAAGAUGCACAUUUUGCAUGCAUCUUUUCCCCUUUAUGACCUCACAGGAACAUCACAGCAGAGGUUCCUUGCCAGAAAAUGCUUCAUUGUGACACCACUGGGCUGAUGGUCCGAGUUCUUGCCAGAAUCUUGAGAAUGAUUCAUGGCAUCACUAGAUCCCACCACUUCUUGGUCCAUCCUCAGUUCUGGGAUCAUGUAAAACAGGCACCUAACAGAUUAUAUUACUUUCAACAUGGAUAGCUGGACAUUGGACUCAACAGCACUGGUUAAUGAUGUUCCAUUGGACUUUGGGGGAAGCAGGAGUGGGGAUUGGUAUGUUUGAUGCCGUGCAUCAGAGACAGCCAACGUGGUCCCCCCCCCCAGGUUUUCCUGGAGGAGAGCUCUUAUCAUUCUUGACCUGCUGCCACACUGGAUGCAGUUGUUGGGAGUCAGGAGUCCAACAGCCUCACUGCACCUAAUUUAUUUAUUUAGGUCACUUUGUUCAUUCUGCAGUCCUGUAAGGAAGGUUCCUUCCUCCCAUUUUAGGAGGUGGGAAACUGAGGCUUUGAUUUGCACAGUACAGAUAUCUCUCCACAUACACACAUUUUUGUUGUUGAUUGAUAAUGUGGCCCACCAAGUGGAACUGAACUGAGAUGCCUAAGUUUUGGAGCAGUUCUGCUUAAUCUGAUCCUCCUUGCAGGAAAGGUCACCUAAGGUUAGCAACCUAGAAAAUGAAUGUCUGAACUGAUUAGUGUUUUGAACGGAGUUUGGAUGUUAAUAGGGGUCCUUUGCUUCCAAUGCCAUAUUUAUCACUCCAGAUUUAAAAGGGCAUAUAGGGAAAAUGAAGACAAGAUGAACCAAGCUGUGUGUGUUUCAUAAGGUUGAAAAGGUCAGGUGCACCUGAGGGACAAAUGAGACCUGACAUCUCAGAAGCAUUUUUUAUUUUUGCUGAAAGCAGUGUGUUAGCUCAUACUGCGGUGGAGGGGGCUAACCUGCCCCCCCGACAGACACACACACACACACACACACACACACACACACACGCUGUAGUUGUAUCUGCUGCUGAGAUGUGAAUAUACAGGGAGCUAUGAUGUCUAGAUGGUUCUGUCUGUCCAUAGCUAACAGCAGCUCUUUUUUGUGCUUCCUGCACAGCUGCUCAAAACUGACCCCCUUGCAGCUUCUUUUUAGCAACAACAACAAAUAGGUAGAUCAUCUCUGACAUCAUGUUUGCUUCGGAAAGCCCCUACAGAGUACCUUUGCUUGAAUGCACUUGGAGCGAGGCAUUCCAAUUGAUCAGAUCUCUCAUUUCUUUGUGCCUUCCUUUUGCCCAGGCUGCCUGAAGGAUGGAAUCAAACCCUGCCAGGAGUAAAGUCCCAGCUUUCUUAUCAGACUUGGGGAAAGCUACCCUGAGAGGCAUCAGGAAAUGCCCCCGGUGCGGCACCUACAACGGCACCCGCGGGCUGAGCUGCAAGAACAAGACUUGCGGCACCAUCUUCCGCUAUGGCACCCGGAAGCAGGCCGGUGUCGACGCGGUCAAAAUCAACACUGGCUCUGAUCUACAGGUCUAUUCAGUGCGGCAGAGGGACAGGGGGCCAGAGUACCGGUGCUUUGUGGAGCUGGGAGUUUCGGAGACCACCAUCCAGACAGUAGACGGGACCAUCAUCACACAACUCAGCUCUGGGCGCUGCUACGUCCCAUCGUGUUUGAAGGCGGCUGCACAAGGGGUGGUGGAAAACCAGUGCCAGCACAUUAAACUGGCUGUGAACUGUCAGGCAGAGGCCACCCCGUUGCCCCUGAAAAGCUCAGUCUUGAACUCGUUGCAGGCCUCUGCUGAGACAAAGCAAACCUUAUGGCAGUUGGCCACGGAGUCCACAGGGCCCCUAGUUCAGAGGAUUACCAAGAACAUCCUAGUGGUGAAGUGCAAAGCCAGCCAGAAGCAUAGCUUGGGUUACCUCCACAUCUCCUUCUCCCACAAGGCUGGCCACAAGAGCAGGGCGGAACACCGCUUCCUCUGCUCCUGCCAGUCGCUGAAGUCCAGCAAGGCCGCCUCUGCUAAGGAAGAGGCAAGCCAGAAAUGCAAUCACUUCUUUGCCUGCCUCUGUGCCUUUGCCAGCGAUGAUCUCUUGGCCCAGGAGUUUGCAGAUUUCCUCAGCUAUGAUUCCAGCGGUGGGUAAGGUCAGAGAACAUGAGUGAGGCUGAAAGGAUGUGGUCAGCAGACAGCUCAGGCCAAGUGCAUGAAAUAAAGAACCCCCCUGCCAUGCCUGUAUGUGGGGUGUGUGGGUGUGCAGACUGGAAUACCUUGGAAGGGCUGGGCCCCCGCAGCUCACCCUGGGAAGGCCACUGACAGUCCCUGUAGGCAGGCUUAGAAGCAAAGGGAGCUCACUGCAUUUAAGCUCACAUCUUACGAGGAGAAACGCAGAGUGAAGACUCAAACCUUCAACCUCUUCUCUCCUGCAACUCCAGGUCUGAAGUCAACAGUAGGAGCCCAGCUUCUCUGUCAGCCUGAAUCCACUUUGAGCUCUGGAGAGGCUGCUGCCUCCAAGGCCAAAAAGAGGAAAAAAGAUGAAGGAAUGGGUGAGAAUAUUAAAUUUUGACUUGUUUGUGUUACAUGUUCCACUCUGAUAUGGAUGACUCUUACCUGCAUCCAUAGUGCAGAGUUUGCCUUUUGGGGAUCAUCAUAGCUACUAGCAGCACUUGUUAUAGUGCUAGAGCCUUCAUUGAGUCCUGUGUGGCUUGGAGACAUACUUCCACAAUUAGAAGAGACCCAUGGGAAGCAUUUUAAAUGCAUUGGGGUCACCAAUGCAAUAUCCUCCAGACAUUGUGGACUACAACUCUCAUCGCCCUGCCCUGACCGGACCGUUAGCCGUCAGUUGGGACUGAUGGGAGUUGCAGUUCAACAACAUCUGGCAGGCACCAUCUUCGCUUUCCCAGUGCGACUCAUUCUAAAGCUGUUUCAACUUUUACUUUUAAGGCACACAAGCAAGUAGCCCCCUCUUGUCUCAAGACGUGGCAAACACAAACCUGCGCAAAAGUGGAUUGAAAAAGCCAGCGGUUGCUUCACUGAAAAGGCAAGGUGAGUUUUCUUUCUGCCAGCUCAGCAAGCUGCAAGGAACGCAAAGCAGAAAUGGACUGUGAGGGUUUUCCACAAAAGGCCAGUUUUGCUCAGCCUACACUCUACUUUCCAGCUGGGUUCUUUAGUUCCUUCAGCUUUUUGGUCUUCCUGCCUUAUAUGCAUGUCUGGGGAACUGUAUUACACUCCUUUUCCUCUCCCCAUGAGGAAAUAAAUUAAUAUAAGAAAUUAAAGACUUGAAACCUCAGCACUGACCUUGUCUCUCUUAAGAUUCUGAGCAUCCUAAAGUGAAAGCUGGUCAUUAUAAGAACUUUGUAACAUUAAUAGUUGAGUGCCUGUGUUUGCUUGCUUUCUUUUCCCCUGUCCAUCCCUUUUUCCUUUUGUGUCAUUCAUAUAUUUUUAGAUUGUCUCUUGGCGAUUACUUGUGACCGAGUAAGAUUGUCUUCCAUGAACACAGUCUUAGGGGUGUGUCUGUAAAUGGAUGUGGAGGCCAAUUCUGGAUCCGCACAUCCUUCCACAGUGGAGACAUAGGUUUCCGGGUGGGAGUUGAUCGCAAUGAGGAUUUGCCAAACGUACCUUCCUCUUAGUUUUUUUCUCCCCUUGUUCCCGAAUUUGUGCUUCUUUACGAGGCCUUUAGUAGAGGCUGUUCUCCAAUGGGGGGGGGCAGUGCUGUUGUGUUCAGGUCAUAGCUGUCAACGUUUUCCCUUUUUUAAGGGAAAUUCCCUUAUUCUGAAUAGGAUUCCUCGCAAGAAAAGGGAAAAGUUGACAGCUAUGGGUCAGGUCCUGCUUGCAGGUUUCCCAAAAGAGGCGCCUGGUUGGCCACUGUGAGCCAGGAGGCUGGACUAGGUGGCCAUUGGCCUGAUGUGCUUAGGUUAAGAGUUUUCCUUUUCCUUAGCUUGCAGUCAGCUGCUUGAUGAAUCACAAGUAACCUUGUCCUUCCAAGAGUGGUUGGCCAGUGUCACUGAACGCAUCCACCAAGCCAUGCACUACCAGUUUGAUGGUAAGUCUCCUCCGACCUCACCUUUAUCCCUUGAAUCCUUGUUCAUAUUAUAAGAGGGUCAUCGGAUGGAAUACCCUGCAGUGUCUUGUGUAAGUGGCUUUUGUCUGCAUAAGGCUAUUCUCCAGUAGCACUCAGAUGGUACUGAUAUGAUUGGUGUUAGGUUGCACUCAAUACUGUUAAUUUCUUAGGGGGAAAGAGAGAGAGAGAGAGAGCACUUAUGGCUAAAUGAAACUGGCAGAGAAGCCCUCUCACUAUGUUUAAUUUACACACUGGGCUCAAAUAAACUGGCAGCAGCAGAAACCAGAUCUAGACAAGGUUGAUUGACUGGAGCCAAUCAAGAACCUCCUGCCGCCUCCUCCUGUACUCCUGUACUGCUUUCUGGAGUCACAGACUCAAUCUAUAGUGGCAGUCCUGGUUCCCAGCUGAACGUAGUGCUGUUGUGAACUGCAGACCCAAAAGAGGACUUGUGGGAGUGGUUGGGUGCAGGAGUACCAAAGAAGGAUGUCAAAAGCAUCAAAAUGGCCAGAUCUAGUGCUUCAUUAAAGAAUUGUGUACACUUACUGCAAAUCAGCCAGGCUGAUCUCCCAGCCUUUACAGGUGCAGGACCGACACUGCAGCAAGGAGAUGGCUUGUCCAUCCCCAAGCAACCAUUCAUGCAUUCGUUAUGCACAAAGCAGAACACCUCACUUUGGCCAGGACUUCCCAUCACUUCACCUGGGCAGUUGCAAGCAGAAUGCCUGCUAACUCUAGGAGCCAGUCAAUAAAAUAUAUAUGUAUGUGUUUGAGCAUAGAAGAGAAUUGGACUAACUGAUAAAAACUGCCCCAUAUAUCAGAAGUUUGGGAUGGUUGGCCUCUCUCGUCUCUCUCACACACACCAGUCUCCAUCUGUUCCCUGGCUGCCCACAAAAUAUUCACCCAGAGGAAAUCCUACAUAGCUAUCCCAUAGCUGUGAAGUUUUUUUUCUCUUUCACUCUUACACAUCCAACCUUCUCCCUGAUUAUCUUUGUGAAUUAUUUCAAGAGUUUUCACCUCAAUAGGUUCCCCCUUCCUUUUUUAUGAUCUAGCUUGAGCCUUGGUCCUGUUGAAAUGUCUAAACAUUAUUAUGUUGUUCCUCUCAAAAGCAUUUCUUCAUUUGUGCAUGUUUUUACCCAGGCAAACCAGAGCCACUGGUGUUCCACAUCCCCCAGGCUUUCUUUGAGGCUCUCCAGCAGAGGAUUUCUGUUGGAAGCAUCAAGAAACGGAUGCCAAAUUCGACCACAGGUACUCAACCUUUAGAGCAUCUUAUCUGUGGGAAGCCACUUGGGAUAUUAGCUGCACAUUGAUGCUUUGCAAUAGAAAGGCUGUAUUGAGGCAUAAGAAAGCUUAACAUGAGUCAGCAGUGUGAUUCAGCAGCAACAAAAGCUAAUACUGUUCUAGGCUGCUGCAGCAGAAGUAGAUCAAGGGAAGUGAUAGCACUGCUCUAUUCUGCCUUGGUCAGACCCCACCUGGAGUCCUGUGUCCAGUUCUGGGCACCACAAUUUAAGAAGGAUAUUGACCAGCUGGAAGGUGUGCAGAGGAAGGUGACCAAGAGGAUCAGGGGUCUGGAAACCAGGCCUUGUGAGGAACAGUUGAGGGAGUUGGGGAUGUUUAGCCUGGAGAAGGCAAGGCUGAGGGGUGAUAUGAGAGUCACCUUCAAAUGUGUGGAGGGCUGUCCCAUGGAAGAUGGAGCCAGGUUGUUGUUUUUUGCUGUUCCAGAGGAGAGGACCAGAACCAAUGGAUUCAAAUAACAAGAUUCUGCCUAAACAUUAGGAAGAACUUCCUAGUUGUAAGACAGUGAGACUGACUCACUAGGAAGCUGAUAGACUCUCUUUCACUGGAGGUUUCUAAGCAGAGGUCAAAUGGCCACCUGUCAGGGAUUCUUUAGCUGUGAUUUCUGCCUUGCAGGGGCUUAGACUAGAUGACCCUUUAGGUCAGGCUUCCUCAACCUCGGCCCUCCAGAUGUUUUUGGCCUACAACUCCCAUGAUCCCUAGCUAGCAGGACAAGUGGUCAGGGAUGAUGGGAAUUGUAGUCUCAAAACAUCUGGAGGGCCAAGGUUGAGGAAGCCUACUUUAGGUCUCCUUCCAGCUCUAAAAUUCUAUGAACAGUGGGAGCAGCAGCUGAAGGGGACCAGUCCCUUGUAACGGCAUGCUGCAGAGCUGAAAGGUCUCUCUGCACAGCCUCUCCUUGUGGCCUCAGAAGAACUUUAUGCCACAGUGAUUGUGACCCUUGUGGUCCCUUCCAACUCUACAACUCAUCUGUUUCUGUGACUCCCUUGAGAUCACAUUUCGUCUCCUUUCUCAACACCAUGUGAAAGGGAUAGGCAACAGAUGCCCUCCGGGUGUUGUUGGACGCCGCCUUCCACCACUCUCGGCCAGCGUGGCCAAAGAUCAGGAAUGAUGGGAAUUGUAGGGAGCAGCAGCUUGGCUCCCUCUGCCAUUGGAGUUGGCCACAGAAGGAGGAAUGUGGCCGCCAUCACACCACCUUGAUGGGCUUGUUCCUUUCCAGCUUUUGUCCGGAAAGAUGCUUUGCCCCUGGGCACCUUUUCCAAAUAUACGUGGCACAUCACAAACAUCUUGCAAGUCAAACAGAUCUUUGAUACCCUUGAGGUAAGACCCGCUCCCUUGCUCCUCUUUUCUACGGUUAUGUUGAAAGAUGUUAUGUGAAAAGAUGGGAGGGCAUUCAUUGGGGGGUUGGGGAGGAAGGGCCAGUGCUAGGCAUAACAUUUUAUUUUGCAUCCUGGGAUUAAAAGUUUGGGGAACUGGCCUCUGGGGGUUAGCAUGAGCUUCCUAUAAUAAUUCUCUUAUGAUCUACUGGUUGUGAUGAUUUUGGAAGAGGGUUAGAGAAAUUCAUGGAGGGGAGGACUCCUGGUGGCUGCUAGCCCUGAUGGCUCGACUCUGCCUCCACAGUCGGAGGCAGCAAUGUUUCCGAAUACCAGUUGCUGGAAACUACAGGAGGGGAGUUUUUGUGCUCAAGUCCUGCUUGCAAGGUUCCGCAGGCAUCUGGUUGGCCACUGUAAGAACAGAAUGUUGGACUAGGUGGGCCACUGGCCUGAUCCAGCGAGGCUUUUCUUAGGUUCUUACUCAACUCCCAGAACUUUGGCAUCCUGGUUUCUGCAGGGUGAGGAUCAAACUCUGGGCUUACAAAGGGCCUCUUGCAAAGGGAUGCCACUCUCAUUUGCCUGUUCAGAAAUCCUGUGUUUUCAUCUCCCAUUCCCAACUCCUCUUCCCAGAUGCCUCUGAAAAUAACACACAGCUUCAUCCAGAACCAGGAUGGCACCUACGAGCCCUUUAAGUGCCCCAAAGUGGAGGUGGAGAGCAUCCCAGACACUUACGGGCGCUUGGAGAAGCAGCCAGUCCUCCGGCCUCUGGAGCUGAAAACCUUCCUGAAAGUCGGUAGGUGUAUAAGCUGAUCCCUUUGCACCUCGAAGGAGCCUUCUUUUCCCACCAGCUCACAGAUUUGUAGAGUUGGAAGCUAAUCCAACCCUCCUCUUGGAGAAACUUGGGUUUUUUUCACACACAAUGGGGAAAGAAGGUCCAAAGUGCUCCUCUUUCUGGCUUCCUUCCUCCCAGGCAACACAUCCCCUGAUCAGAAGGAACCGACGCCUUUCAUCAUUGAGUGGAUUCCAGAUAUCCUCCCCCAGUCAAAAAUUGGUGAACUGAGGAUUAAGUUUGAAUAUGGCCACUACAGAAAUGGUCACACCACCGACUACCAGGAGCAGCGCACUUCCCUUGAACAGACGCUGGAGCUUAUGCCUCUCACCACCAUCACCUUCCCUUGAACUCAUCAUGCAGUUCUUGCACAGCUUGGUUUGCACAACCCUUGCCCUGUAGCUGGUCAGCCUUUGCGGGUAUCAGUUAGCCAUUUGACUGGGGAACACACCAGGAGCCGGAAUGCAGCGGGGCUUCACUACAAAUGACCCACUUCUUUUCAAGCAGCUGCACUAGAAACUUCUGCCUCUUUCCUUUGAAACAGCAUUUUCAGUCGCUUCAUGGGACAAAAUUAAUUCAUGCACUCUCCACUUCUACUCUGAGACUCACCUGUUCGCUGACCUAUGAUUGCUGGUUUUUUCCGCCACCCUAUUUUGCACAGUUGACAGAUUACAGGUGAGGGUGGAGCAGAAUGUCCAGGUGCUCGGUUGCCUUGGCUAAUUACUAUCCCCUUACUGGCAUAUUUUGCAAUAUAUUUCUACAAUAAACUAAAUUGAACCAA